AUGCACCAAACAACUGUUUACUGUAGGGCGUGCCUCAAAAGGUGGUAUAAGGAGUGUCUUGUGGCAGGCAGGGCGACUACUACUCAUGGUGGGGCCUACUACUCAUGGUGGGGCCUACUACUCAUGGUGGGGCCUACUACUCAUGGUGGGGCCUACUACUCAUGUGCUCACCCUUCUCCUCUUCCACUUUUCGGGCCCACUUUUCAGGGCAUAUAUUAUGACCCAGGGUGUGCAGCGGCGGGGGUGGUGGAUCACAGCGUGGUGGUGAUGGGCUACAGCAUCUCUGCGAUAGAGGGCGCCUACUGGAUCCUACGCAACUCCUGGGGGGCCACGUGGGGCAUGCAGGGCUACAUGAAAAUGGCCUUUGAGGGAGGCGUUGGCAUCUGUGGCAUUCACUCCGUGCCGGCCCUCUACCCCAUCAUUCAGACCGACGUGUGCAGCCAGCAGGACGAGAAUCCCUGUGCGGUCGGCACGUGCAUCAACGACAACGCGGGCGGCUUCUUUUGUCUUUGUCCGCCAGGAUUCGAUCAAGGCUACCGCCCCAAUGGCGCCCACACUUGCGUCCCAUCCAAGCCCCCCUACACCUACACCGUCAUCUUCCCAAUAGACAUCAGCUGUCCGCUCGUCUACCAGCUCUACGGCCUCACAGAGGAGGCAUUUCUCGCGCAGAAUCCAGACCUGGGCAUGGAUCACUGCGAGACUAUCCCUGCCAACACAGAAGUGAUGGUGGCGCCGCCCCUCAUGGGGGCGGUGCACUGUGUGCUCUACUACUCGUGGACGGCAAGUGACACAUGUGAAAGCGUGGCAGACAAUUUCUGGCUCACAGUGGAUGAUCUGGUGGAGCUAAACCCGGGGAUCAACUGCACUGAUUACACUGCCUGGAACGCUCCAACCGUGAACCAGCAGCUGUGUGUAGCGAAGGGCAGCGGGGGAGGGGACGUGCCAAAGCUGCCCAUGUGCACGGCAUGGUACACGGUGCAGUCGGGGGACACGUGUGAGAGCAUCAUGACGGAUUUCUCGCUCAACCAAACCGCCUUCUUCUCGCUCAACCCGGGCGUGGGCUGCGACAGCCUCUUCGCAUCUGUUGGGGGCAGCACCUUUGGCUGGAGUGGAGGUGGUGUGCAGGUGAGCGGUGGGGAGACAGGUGAAGGGUGGAAAGCAGCGGUGGGCUGCGACAGCCUCUUUGCGUCUGCUGGAAGCAGUGCCUUCGGCUGGAAGCAGUGCCCAUCGUAG